AUGUCGCUCGCGGGACCCGUGCAGCGCCGCUCCUCCGCGUACACCACGACGAAGGCCUCGGGGCUAAAGUCCGACCCCCGCCCCGUUGGCGACAAACAGUACCAGGCCAACUGCGCUCGCACCAUCAUCACAUACCUCGCUACGCACAACUACGAGUACCAGAUCAACCCCAAAGUGCUGGCCAGCCCGACGACCAAGGACUUCACUAAUAUCAUGCUCUUCCUCCUGCGCCGCCUGGACCCCUUGACCGCCAAGGGCCCCGUCAAGCUGGAGGAGGAGGUCCCGGUGCUGUACAAGCGCCUCCGCUACCCUUUUCAGAUCUCCAAGUCCAACCUGACCGCGGUGGGCUCCCCGCACACCUGGCCUUCCAUCCUGGCCGCCCUGGCCUGGCUGGUGGAGCUGCUGAACUACCAGGACCAGGCCGAGCACGCCGUGCAGAUGGCCUCCCCCGAGGAGGGCGCCGACGCCGCCUUCUUCGAGUACGUCGCGCAGUCGUACCGCUACUUCAUGGCUGGGGACGACGAGAAGUGUGAGGCGGUGGAUGCCUCCAAGGCCACCGAGUUUGAUGAGCGGGCGGGGGAGAUCACUUCGGCCACGCAGCGGCUCCUGGCGGUGCGUGCCGAGUGUAUGGCCAACGAGUCUCUGGAGCAGGAGAUUGCCACUGCACGGGACAGCCCGUCCCCCCUGGUUGCGGCCAGGGCUCGCCUGGAGGAGACACAGGCGGACAAAGAGAAGUUCCUGAAGCUCAUCGCCUCCCUGGAGGCACGACCCGGGCUUGAGAUUGCUGCCUGGGGCGGUUCCCACAAGGCCUCCCUGGAUCGCAAGGUGGCGGAGCGGCGCAGCGACGUGGCGGCCCAGGCCUCGGAGCUGGAGGGCGUGGAGCGCGAGUGCGCCUCGCUGCGCGCGCGGCUGGCGGUGCAGACGGUGCGCCCCGCGGAUGUGCAGCGCAUGGCCGCGGAGCGCGUGGCCGCAGAGCGCGAGCUGCGUGCCGCGACCGCGGCGCGCGAGGCGCUGGAGGCCCGGCUGGCGGCCGCCGAGCGCGCGCUGGGGUCGGCCCUGGACGCGCUGGAGGGCGCGCUGGGGCGCUACCACGCGCGCGCCGCGGCGCUGCAGCUAGUCCCCGCUGGCGCCAAGCGCGCGGGCGGGUGCGCGUACGAGGUGGCGUACGACCGCGGCGCGGCCGCGGCGGGCGCGCUCCCCGCACCGGACUGGAAGGGUGGCGUGCGGCGCGGGCUGGAGGAGCUGGCGGGGGCCUACCGCUCCCGCGCGCGCGCGCUGGGCUCCGAGCGUCUCUCGCUGCGCGAGCGCGCGGCCAACCUGGCGACGGCCGCGGGCGACCGGCGGGAGGAGGUGGCGGCCGCGCAGGCUGAGCUGGCGCGGCUGGAGGCGGCCCAGGAGGGGCUCAAGGACGCGCUGGCGGCGCUGGUGGAGGCGGAGGGGCGCCAGGUGGCGGAGCUGCAGGCCGAGGUCGCGGCGCUGCGAGGGAAGGGCGGCUCCACCCUGGCCGCCAGCGAGGAGGACCUGCGCGAGCUCCAAGCCCGCUACGAGGACGACGUCAGGGCCAUGGAGGCGCAGAACGCGGCGCUGCACCGGGACCUGGCGGCGGCUCUGGAGCACGUGCUGCACCAUAAACUGCACGUCCAGGACAAGCUGAAGGGCGCGGGGGUGCGCCUGCGCCGCGUCCUGGAGGAGUGCAGGGCGUGCAAGGUCUGCGCGUGA